AUGUAUGACAAGUUUUGGGAAAAAAUAAGUUUUGCUUCAGUUAAUUUACUAUCGAAGCUAAACUUUGGAGACAGCAAAAAGGACGGAACAAAAUUAAAGGGCAUAAGAAAGGGUAAGAAAAAUGUUACGACAUUUCCUUUGCUAUUAAGAAUAGAAGAUGACACAAAGAAGAAAAAAAAAAAAAAAACAUUUCAGGACAGCUACAAAAAGGAACACUCAUUUUUAUACUUGUUCAAGAAAAACAAAUACUCUCAAAUAAAAAUUAUUUUUAAUGAUAUUGUUCAGGUCUAUACUGAGAAACAAUUUUUAAGCGACAUAUCUUUGAAUUUCUUGUGCAAACUAGCUAGAACGGAAAAAUGUGCCAACAUUUUGAGUGCGCGCGAAAUCCACACUCUGCUCCUGAUUUUGAGUCAGGAGUUGUUGGCCAAACCUUCUGUGGAGGCGUUCGCCACGAGCGAUGGGACGCAUUGCAAUGUGGAAGGUAUCUCUGACCACGGGGAGGAUCCCCCCCUGGAAAAUGACCGAGACGUGAAAAUUUUAAAAACGAGCUGCUACUUGUUGCGAAAUCUAUUUUUGAACAUGGAAAGAAGCGAUAUAGUGGACGACUCCUUUGGUAUUCUCUUUUUAACAAAACUGAAUUACAUCUUGGAGAAGAAAAACGAACUUAGGAAGAAAGACCUUAGGAAUAACUACAGCUUUUAUUUCUACGUCCUACUCCUUUACUACUACCUCUAUGUAUACAACAACACGAAGAAGAUUGUGUUUUUCCCCGGAGGGAGGAUUUUUAAAUACUCAUUCGGAGACAUCAAUGAGAUGGCACUGGUUCAUAAAAAGUAUGACACUAUGAAAGACAGCUCCAUGUACAAUAUGGAAAGGUAUGGAAUUUACACAGGGAUCCACAAGAGUGUUGAGAAAGAUGAUGAUAAAGGAACGAAGGAUUAUUUCAACAAACAGAAGUAUAAUCAUUUUUUAAAAAACAACUAUUCCAUGAAUUUUGACUGCUUAAAAGAUAAUAUCCAUCUGUUCUUCAAAUUUAAUGAUAUGUUGAAUGUGCACUUUAUUACCCAUAUGGAAAAACUGAAAGUUUUUCGAUUCACUUCUCAUGAAGGUGUCUUGAGAAAGAAAUCUGACUUUAUGAGUGAAUCGGUGAACAAUUAUUUGACGCUAUGUUUGCGGCUUCUUUUUAAACUGAAUAAUGAACAGGGGAGAAUUCAUUACGCACAAGGAAAAUUCAAUAAUGGUGUGCCUAGCAACAGUAAUGAAAAUGGAGGGAGGGGAGGGAAAAAAAACGACGUACAGUCUUUCCCAUCAGAAAAAGAAAAAAAUAAACGAAGAAAAGUGCCAAGCAAUUUAUUAUUAACAAAUAUUAACAACAAAAAGAAGAGCCAACAAAAUAAGUUAGUUUUAACCGAACUCUUGUACCAAGCAAUUGACUAUGUUACAUUAAAUGAGGACAUGCCUCCGUGCAAAAGCAAAGGGAACAACAACAACAACAAUAACAUUAUCGAAAGUGGACUGAGCGAAAUAGUGAAUUUCCUUGAGAAAAAAUUUAAGCUCAAAUACGUAGGAAGCGCAAAGGACGUAGAGUACCCCUCUCAGAGUGAAAGCAAAAAAAAAAACAAAAAUGAGAAAAAUGCUGAAAGUGAAGAAAACAUUCUAUUUAACAUCAUCAACAUAGACAACAAAAUAAAAAAUAAAAAUUACUUAAACAUUGAGACUUUGCUAAAGAGGAUUAAUGAUUUGCUCAACAUCGGGAAUGAUCCAUCUGUCUACAUCCACUCAGGGCUCCACAUUAUCAUCAGGAAUAUGUACCUCAACAGACUGAACUCGCUAAACAUAGAUUUGCUAUUCCUCAUAAAUUUGUACUCGAACAAUAAUUUUAGGAAUAAGUUUUUUCAUUACGAUUGGAAGUUGACGACCUCGUCGUGGGCUAGCGAAAAUACCGACAAGAGUGACUACCCAACUGAGCAUCGUGAAACUGACGGCGGGGGUGCCACCCAAGCUACGCCAAUGGGAGAUUCAAAUGAAAAGGAAACAGGUGGGAAGGGAGAAACAAAAGAAGGUGAGAAACCCGAUAGUGUUCCUUCUUCGAGCCUUCCUUCGAUGAGCCUUCCUUCGGUCAGUCUUCCAUCGAUGAGUCUUCCAAGCCUGAACCUCUCCGCCCUGUACACCCCGUUGAUCAACAAAGCGGAGGACGAUUCCUUCAAACCGGAAGCGAACAAAAAAUCGCAGAGUAUGGCAAAAAAGAAGAAUAAACACAUCUAUAAGGAGCUCUCACUAUGUUCAAAAAUUAUUGCAAACAGUUUCGCCUCCAAGGAUCUUUGUUUCAAUUCCUUUUCAGUCUUAUAUUUUAUGUAUAAAAAUAUAUUAGACAAUGUCAUGAGAAUAUCUUUUAAUUUUAUCUACUUUAUUAGUGCGGAGUUUUUUUUUUUCAACGACAGUAUGAAUUUUCUCUCGCUUGUAAAUUUGAAAAGGGAGCUAAUCCCAAGUUCGAUAUACUUUGACAGCAUAAGAGCAUUUACCAACAUUAAAUCGCACUAUAAAUACUUCCUUGGGUUUACAAGAGAGAAAGUUGAGAAGGAAGAGGUCAAGAUUAAGAAGGAGCAUCCAAUUCUGCUGUCCAGUUUGAGGGGUGACACAUGGAAGGAUGUUCACAGAGGUGGAGAUGAACAUACAGGUGAAGAGGAAACUCCUCAAAAGAAACAGGAAAAAGUGAAAAAAAAUAGAAAGAGAGAAGAUACUAUAUACGGGGAGAGCGGAAUAAUUCAUCAAUCGGGGCGCACCCCGUUCGAUUUAUUUUUGGACAGUGUGGAUAAUCUUCUGAAAGAUGCCACAAUGAAUCAGAAAUUAAAUUCAAUGGAGUUCCUAUGUGAGAGCCCGACUGACCAAACGUACUAUUUAGCGAAGAAAAGAAAAAAAAAGAAAAUUCUGCUAGAUGAGCAUAUGUAUUUGAUUAGCAGUUACAAUCAUCAUUUUUAUAAUUUGCACGAUAGAUUCUUACCAAUCUAUACGUAUUCCAAAAUGUGCCACAUAGACAUGAAAAAGGGAACACCCCCUGGACAGGCACAACGAUGGAAGAGAAAAAAAAUGUGGAACGACACGAUGGAAGCGAAUGUACUGUCAAGGCCAUCACGGAGAAAGAAAAAGAAGAAAGUGGAUAUAGUGAUGGUGCACGGGCUGAGGGGAAAUGCCCUUCGAACAUGGAGGUUCUCCAACCUCUACCACAACAGUCCCAAUUAUCGCUUCUAUUACCGAAAUGACAAUUUGAAGAAGUAUGAGAAAGUCGUUACGAAGACACAGGCGCACAGCAGUGACGCUUCAAAUGAGAGCGAUGGUAACACAGAUGAGAGUAAACAAUACAUGUGGUCCUUCCUCGAUAUAAACGGGAAAAGAGAAGACAGAGCUGACAGCAAAUCGCUCAGUGGACACUCAUCCUUAGAGAAAAAUGAACUGAAAGAAAAAGAGGACGAACUUUUUAGCGCCAUAAAUGACAACACGGACAAAUUUAAAGAAAAUGAAAACGUCUUUCUUUUUGACGAAGCAAGUAAAGAAAUAAGGAACUGCAUAAAGAUACGAAAUAACUUUCGUUUUUUGCCAAACGAGGAUUUAAUUCACAUGUUGUUGUUAAAUUAUAAGUAUAAUCAAAAUGUCUUUCCAAUUUAUGCGGACACACGAAUUAUUAACAAAAAUGUUUUUCAGUCCAUUUUUUUGAAUAAUAAGAAAUUAAAAAAUGAUUUGGACUUUUACAGCGAUUUGCUCUCCUACCUUCUGUGGCCCGUUUAUUUGUUGUACCCUCGGAGCAAGCGCUCAAAUAUUUUCAUUUUUAACUACCACUCCCCGUUGUACCCUGAUGGGAGCUACUACAUCAAGCGGAGUCGCCAGAACGGAAGGGGGGACUCGGCGAAGCGAGACAAAAUGGAGAAAAGGGAAAUGAACGAGGAGGGAAAAGGUGUAGAAUGCGGUGAGGCAAAAAGCGUAGAAACAAACGAGGAAAGACACACUGAAGGAAACGCAGAAGAGAAAGGAAUGGAUCUUCUGAGCAGCUCAAUUGACGGUGAAGAUAAGGAGCCUGAGAGCCAAGGAUACAUGUUUUCCCAUUUUAUUACGCUUAAUUCCCUAUUUAUGAAAAAGGAAGAAAACCAUGAAGAAUAUUUUAACAAAAAAAAAUAUUUCUACACAGACAGAAUGAAUCUGGAGGAGUUGUCAACUUUUCUUUUAAAAAAAUUAAAAGGCAUAAACAUAGGAAAGCAUAAUGACAUUAUAUUUGUUGCUCAUUCCAUGGGAGGGUUAUUAACACAGUUCGUAUUGCUAAAAAGUGAUGAUAUUUUGAGGAAGACGAAAUUUGUUUUUUUUUACGCUUCUCCCCAUUUCGGCUCUCCCCUUUCCUCGACAGCUUUUUUCUUUAAAACAUUUCUAUCGCCCUAUGUUUAUCAGCUCAAUGAUUACGAUUCGACUUUGAGCAACUUACAGUAUUCCUUUAGGGAAAGGAUAAAGAACUCCAGUGUCAAGGUUUAUUCCUUCUCAGAGUCGGAGAAAACACCCUUGCCUUUUAUAGGUGUACACACAAUGAUCGUCCCAAGCGUUAGCUCCUAUUUGAACUACUCCAAAAUGUUUACCAUCAUCAAGGACUGCAACCAUCUCGAAAUAAGCAAAUUAAAUAGCGAAGAGGACGUAAAGUACCAUUAUUUGACUAGGGCAAUAAGGGAAGUACUGCGGACGAAAUAG